AAAAAGGAAAAAAAUGAAAAUGUAUUGUGUUGCUUCAUCUGCGUUUCCUUCUUCUCAUCACACCACUCUGCUCAACAACAAGCUCUCGCCUUUACCCUUCCGCCGCAAUCGCAGCCACCAAAGUCUGAGACUUCGCCGUCGCAAUUCUCUGAUUAGAGGAAUGAGAGCUGUAAUCCAGAGAGUGUCAUCUUCCUCCGUCGCGGUCGAUGGUCGAAUUGUGUCGGAGAUUGGCCCUGGUCUGUUGGUGUUAAUCGGAAUCCAUGAAUCAGAUACCGAUUCUGACGCAGAUUACAUAUGCCGUAAAGUUUUAAACAUGAGAUUGUUCCCUAAUGAAACCUCUGGCAAAGGAUGGGACCAAAACGUAAUGCAGAGGAAUUAUGGAGUUUUACUCGUUAGUCAGUUUACAUUGUACGGAUUCUUGAAAGGCAACAAACCUGAUUUUCAUGUCGCAAUGCCACCUGAGAAAGCAAAACCGUUUUACGCUUCUCUAGUCGAGAAAUUCCAGAAAGCUUAUAAUCCUGAUGCAGUAAAAGAUGGUGUAUUUGGAGCUAUGAUGAAGGUCAAUCUUGUAAACGAUGGUCCAGUCACGAUGCAGCUCGACUCAUCCCAAUCCUCCAAGAAUGAGACAAAGACAUCAACA